AUGUCUGAAGUUAGAAUUACUCUAGAUCGACAGAUCGAACUUUACGGUCUAAUUUCGCGUGCAAUGACAAAUUUGAAAAAACUAGGCGAUGCAAAUGUGACGAUCGGUCGAAUAAAAAGUCGUUUAAAUUUAUUAAAUUCAAAUUGGGCUAAAUUCCAGCAAAUUCAUGAAACUGUAACUGGUAAUCGCGAUGAAUUUCAAGAUCACGUUUAUUUUAAAGACGAUAUAUAUGCUGAGUGCGAAGAACAAUACGUAAAUAUUCAAGGAGACAUGUUCGAUCUUAUAGAUAAGUUAUCCGCUCCCUCUGACAACUUAGCAAAUAAUUCUUUAAAUAAUACAACACGUGCUAUAAAUUCUCAUUCUCCUAAAUUACCAAGAAUAGAUUUACCAAAAUUCUCUGGAGACUAUCUACAAUGGAAACAUUUUCAUGACUUAUUCGAUUCUAUGGUUAAAUCUAAUUCAGAACUCUCUUUGGUCGAAAAAUUACAUUAUUUAAAAAUGAGUGUAACGGAAGAACCCGCCCAACUUUUAAAAAACAUCGCGAUUUGUGAAGAUAAUUUUGCUCGAGCAUGGGAUAUUCUUAUAGAUCGUUACGAAAAUAAACGAAUUCUGAUUGAUUCUCAUUUGUCAGUUCUUUUGUCGACUCGAUCAAUUAAACAUGAAUCGUCCAGCGAGCUUAAGCGUUUGAUAAGUGAGAUUAAAGAGAAUCUUGGUGCACUUGAAGCAUUAGAUUGUCCUACAAAUCAAUGGGAUAAUAUACUCGUUUUUUUGAUUGUACGAAGACUUGAUCCUGAAACCCUCAAAGAUUGGGAAAAAUCUAUUGGGAGUAAGAAAUCCCCAGCAACGUUUAAAGAGUUAGAAAGCUUUCUUUUUGGAAGAAUUCAUAGUCUUGAGGCGAUUGAACAGCUCACUUCUACAAAACGAAACAUUCCAAUUAAGCCUAUUGUUUAG